GAAGCACACCCUUGGGAUGCUACCGGAAGCUGAUAGACUAUCACAAAAGAGGAGAUCUCUCUUUUAAAUAUGUGAAGACAUUCAACAUGGAUGAAUACGUAGGGCUUCCCAGGGAUCAUCCAGAGAGCUACCAUUCUUACAUGUGGAACAAUUUUUUUAAGCACAUUGAUAUAGAUCCAAACCACGCUCACAUUCUCGACGGGAACGCGCCGGAUCUGAAAGCCGAAUGCGACGCCUUUGAAAAGAAAAUAGAAGAAGCUGGAGGGAUUGAGCUGUUUGUUGGAG